CGAUCGACAUGGCGGUGCCACCGCCGCCAACGACUCCAUGCUCAGCGGAAAAUGGAGUGGACGGGGGGUUCCAGAGAGUGUCGGACACGGUUCCAUCCAAAGGACCUCUUCUGAUCAGUACAUAUGCUCUCAAAUUUCGCGGCGUGGAGUCGAUGCCGGGGAAUCCCGAGGUGAACACUGCGUAUCCGAGCCUUGCGAUCGAUCCGAUCCACCGCAAUGCCGCAUACGAUAGCCACCGACGGCGCCAUCAGGUUUUGAUACUGUUCUGGUCGUUUCUCAGUAGCUUCUGCGGCAUUGGCAUUCUUGCUGCAAUCCAAUACAGCGCGAAUGCCAAGUUUGGAACCGGCGCCAAGUUGCAAUCGAUCAUCGGUUCGUUCGGUGCCUCAGCCAUCCUUACCUUCGGCGCGAUACAGUCGCCCCUUGCACAGCCUCGGAAUGUUGUAAUGGGCAAUACCCUCAGCGCAAUCGUGGGGGUUUCCGUCUCGAAGCUCUUUCUCCACGUUGCUCCUGGGGACGAGUGGAAAUGGCUCAGCUGCGCGCUUGCUGUGUCGCUCGCCCUCGUGGUCAUGCAAAUUACAGACACUGUGCACCCCCCCGGCGGCGCGACAGCCCUCAUCGCUGUCAUUUCCGGCCCAGAGAUCCAAGACCUUGGGUACUUGUACGUGGCGAUGCCGGUUUUUACGGGCAGCAUCAUCCUCGUCUUGGUGAGCGUGUUUCUGAACAAUAUCCAGCGCCAGUACCCACGCUACUGGCUGUACAAAGCCUAACAAUUCCAUCAAGGAUGGCCUGUUGUCACGUCUGUGCAGAGUGCUGAAUGGUAACUGGGAAUUCCACUACACACCCCCUUCUACCGACA